AUGACUGAUUCGGGACCAGAGUUCAGUAAGGAGGAACACUCCAAUUCUCCGAGCAAGCAACACACAAGAAAUAACAGCAUACCCAAAAAUACGAAGUUGAGUAACAUAUCGAAUAGCUCACCUAAGAGACUAGCAGACAAAUAUGACAAAAGAAAAAGUGAUUUCUCAAAGGGCUUCCUUCCGCAUAACAUUUCAAGGACACCAAGGAGAAAAUAUACCUACAUUCUAGUUCUCACUUCACUAAAUGGAACCUUUGAAAGGAAGCACGUAAUGGUACCAUUCAAACCGGACGGGCUGAAGUUGGGGAGACCUGUUGCUAACAGCAACAAUAACUCCAACUCAUCGCUCAGGGGCGGCAAGAGACUAGAUUCACACGCCUUUUCCCAGGUUAGGUCCGAUAAUGGUAAUUUCGAUUCAAGAGUACUUUCCAGAAAUCAUGCAUUGUUGAGUUGUGAUCCCCUUACGGGGAAGAUAUAUAUACGAGACUUGAAAUCUAGUAACGGCACAUUCAUUAAUGGGCACAGAAUUGGUUCAAAUGACGUAGAAAUCAAAGUUGGCGACGUGAUAGACCUGGGAACCGAUAUAGAUACGAAGAUUGAGCAUCGUAAGAUAAGUGCCACAGUGGAAGAGCUCUUCGUACAGCCUUUGCUAGAAGCACCAAUCCCUCAAGAAGACCUUGAUGUUCAUGACUGUGGUACGAUUUCAAAAAGAGAAGAGGCUGCUGCUAUAACAAGUUAUAUAUAUGGUGAUUCCAACAACCUGGAGUUGGAAGAAGUUAUUUUAGGUUCCGAGACAGAAAUACUCAGUGGAAUUUUCAUCAAUAAUUGUAUUGGUACAAGCAGCACGUUAUCCAACGUAAUAAAGACAUUAGCAACUGAAAUCUCGUUUUCCAAAUACGACAAUUCUAAGCUACAGUCCAUGGAAAACUUUUUAAUUAGUUAUACAACUCACCUGGAAUACACAAAUAAACUUUUGGUGGAAAAAAAUGACCAGCAAUUAGUAAAGUUACAAAACGGAUUACGAAGGAAGCUAUCAGAAAAAUAUGAAAAAAUCAUAGAACAAAACAGAAACCAAAUAAAACAGUUAGAAAGAGAUCAUAUGUUCUCCAAGAAAUCAUUCGAAGUCAAAAAAAGAAGAAGCAAUGAAAAACAGAGGAAUAUCGAACGGGAAAUAGAAGACUUGAAGACCAGGUUAGAAGUCGAACGAUAUAAGAACUCACAAAUACUGAAAAAGAACAAACUAAAAGGGCAAGAACCCUUAACUGCAUCCAAGAAAAAUAAAGACGCACAUGAUACAAAAAGUGUUCCAGGCGUGAAUCCCAACGAUGUUGGUAGAUUUAGCAUCAAAAAAUCAUUAAGUGAUCACUUGACGUUAUUGACAUUUGGAACAAUUUCCAUUGGGAUCAUAGCUAUCGUGUUCAAAUUCUUCACUCCAAGCUAG